UUCCCGAGAUGCUUGAGCCUGAGAAAGGAGUUUACAUUGCCUUCGAGGCUGUGAUUGCAAUGCUGGCUAUCCUUGGCAACGUUCUGGUCAUUUGGGUCGUGAAGCUAAACCCAGCCUUUCAGAAGACCACCUUCUACUUUGUUAUCUCACUGGCCCUGGCUGAUAUUGGUGUUGGGCUGGUCAUGCCAGUGGCUAUCGUGGUCAGCUUAAAAAUCAGCCUCUCCUAUUAUGCCUGUCUUUUCAUGUGUUGUCAACUCAUGAUUUUUACUCAGGCCUCCAUCCUGUCUUUGCUCGCCAUAGCGAUCGACAGAUAUCUGAGAUUACGGCUGCUUACUCGGUAUAGGAUGCAAAGCAGUCAGAAAAAAAUCCGUGGGGCUUUGGCAGCAAUCUGGCUCUUGUCGCUGCUGGUGGGAUUAGUUCCGUUUGGAUGGGCAAAACCAAAACCAGAAAUCUCUGAUGUCAUGAACUGUACCUUCACAAAUGUGAUAAAAAUGGAAUACAUGAUAUACUUGAGCUUCUUUGCCGGAACCCUAAUCCCACUGUUUGUCAUGUGCAUCCUUUAUGCAAAGAUCUUCUGCCUCAUCCGCACAAAGCUGCAGCCCUGUUCAAUGAAUGUCAACGGGCAAAGGUCAUUUUAUAGGCAGGAGUUCAGAACAGCCAAGUCAUUGGCCCUGGUCCUCUUCUUAUUUGCUGUUUGUUGGCUGUCACUGUGCAUUCUGAACUGCAUCGAGCAUUUCAGCCAAACAGAGAUCCCACUGCAUGUCACAUACAUGGGCAUCCUUCUCACGCAUUCCAACUCGGUCAUGAAUCCUAUCGUCUACACGUUCAGGAUAAAGAAGUUCCGGGAAACUUGCAUCCAGAUUUUAAGAACCUGUAUCGUGCACAAAGAUCCAGAAGAUGGUACGUCGCCCAAUGCAACUUCAUCUGAACACUCAUAGCUGCCUCAUGCAGACGAAGACCAUUGGCCGUCUAGCUUUAUCUCUUCUGCCCUAAGAUACAAUAAAGUUACUGAUAGGGGAGCUAUUGCUUCCUGAGACUUUAUGUAACAGUUGUUUUGGUCUGCAGCAGUCGAGACGAACUUUUCAGAAACAAACUCUACCCCUUGUUAAUUCCUGCUGUUCACUGUUGUAGCAUCCAGUAACACAGCUGACAGUCCGAGGUUCCGUCAACCCACAUCUGCUGUGUUCUGGUUCUACAUAUACAUUUUGGCUAAACAAGAAGCCAUCAAAAG